AUGAUAAAAGACGUUUGGCGCGGUUGGUAGACUAGCUGCUGACAGCGGAGGGAGAGGAGCCGAGGUCAGGACCGUUGUUCGGCUGCUUUUUUUUUUUUGUACUAUUUUCUCUCGGAGAAACAACCGAGAGACUAAAAUAGAGACAGAGAGAGACAGAGUUGGUGCUACUUAACUUGCUUUGCCGUCAUUCUCCCGUCAGCCGUCUAUCGAAGCUUGCCCUGCGCAGGCAGACGGAAAUACCUUGAAAAUGCCUCCCAUCGAAAAUGACACCGGGAAGAAUGAACUGAAAUCUCGGAUACAGCAGCUCAUCGACACCAAUCAAGUGAUCGUUUUCAGCAAAAGCUACUGUCCGUAUUGUGUAAAGGUAAAAGACUUGUUCAAAGAGCUGAAAGUCGAGUGCAAGGUGGUGGAGUUGGAUCUCAUCGAGGAUGGAACAAACUACCAGGAGAUGCUGCUUGAGAUGACCGGACAGAAAACAGUACCCAAUGUCUUCAUCAGCAAGACGCAUGUUGGCGGCUGCGACAAAACACUGCAGGCUCACAAAGACGGCAGCCUGCAGCAGCUUCUGAGCGGGGAAAACGAAGCGUAUGACUACGACCUGAUCGUCAUCGGAGGAGGCUCCGGAGGCCUGGCCUGCUCAAAGGAAGCCUCUGCGUUGGGGAAGAAGGUGAUGGUGCUGGACUAUGUGGUGCCCACACCAAAAGGAACCACCUGGGGUCUGGGCGGAACCUGUGUCAACGUUGGCUGCAUUCCCAAGAAGCUGAUGCACCAGACGGCUCUGCUGGGAACGGCCAUGCAGGACGCCCGCAAGUUCGGCUGGGAGUUCGACGAGACAGUGAAACACAACUGGGAGACAAUGAAGACGGCGGUGAACAACUACAUUGGCUCGCUGAACUGGGGUUACAGGGUGGCACUGAGAGACAAGAAUGUCAACUAUGUCAAUGCCUAUGCAGAGUUCAUUGAACCACACAAAAUCAAGGCGACAAACAAACGAGGAAAGGAGACGUUUUACACAGCGGCCAAGUUUGUCUUGGCUACAGGUGAGAGGCCACGCUACCUGGGCAUCCCCGGAGACAAGGACUACUGCAUCACCAGCGACGACCUGUUCUCGUUGCCGUACUGCCCGGGAAAGACGCUGGUGAUCGGAGCGUCGUACGUGGCUCUGGAGUGCGGCGGCUUCCUGGCCGGCCUGGGACUCGACGUCACCGUCAUGGUUCGGUCCAUCCUGCUGAGGGGCUUCGACCAGGACAUGGCCAACCGUGCUGGAGAGCACAUGGAGGAACACGGCGUCAAGUUCCUCCGCAAAUACGUGCCUAUAAAGAUCGAGGAGCUGGAAGCAGGCACUCCAGGCAGGCUGAAGGUGACAGCCAAGUCUACAGAAAGCGAUGAGAUCACUGAGGGCGAGUACAACACUGUGUUGAUAGCAGUGGGUCGAGACGCAUGCACGGACAAGAUUGGCCUGGACAAGACGGGGGUCAAAGUCAACCCCAAGAACGGUAAAAUCCCAGUGAACGAUGAAGAGCAGACCAGCGUUCCCCACAUCUACGCCAUCGGAGACAUUCUGGAGGGGAAGUGGGAGCUGACGCCUGUAGCCAUCCAGGCUGGCAGGUUGCUGGCACGACGCCUCUAUAAGGGAUCAACACUGAAGUGUGACUACAUCAAUGUUCCCACCACCGUUUUCACCCCGCUGGAGUACGGUUCCUGCGGCCUGUCAGAGGAGAAAGCCAUUGAGCUGUAUGGGCAGGACAACGUCGAGGUGUUUCACAGUCUGUUCUGGCCUUUGGAGUUCACUGUGCCCGGCAGGGACAACAACAGAUGCUACGCCAAGUUAAUUUGCAAUAAGCUGGACAACGAUCGAGUCAUCGGGUUCCACUACCUCGGUCCAAACGCAGGAGAAGUCACGCAGGGCUUCGGCGCAGCCAUGAAGUGCGGCGCCACCAAAGAGCAGCUGGACGGCACCAUCGGCAUCCACCCGACCUGCGCUGAGGUCUUCACCACUUUGGACGUGACGAAGAGCUCCGGUGGAGACAUCACCCAGUCCGGCUGCUGAGGUUAAACCCUGCUCGUUUAGCGGGCUGCUCUUGCGUUAAACUCCACUUUGAAACCAUUUCAUCUUAGAUCCCAGCCAACCUGUAAAGCUCGGCCUCACUUCCAGCCACUUGGUUGUUUCUCAGGACAAACCUAACAUCGUGGCCAGCGUCUGAAUCGGUGAAAGCACUUAUUUAGGGAGCUAAGUGGCGACCGGAAAAGAGCCAGGCUGAGGCUCUGGCUGAGGGGAGUUUGAUAUGAGGGCAGCCUGCUGAACAGCGGGGUUACUCUGCUGAUUUUUUCUACUGGCCUCCACCAGCGUGUCCUUCUCAGAGGAAGCCACCGGCACACACCACCGCUGAGUACGUGUGUGUUUGGGCUGUUUUUGACAUCCUCGUCCGUAACCUUAAACACUGAGGUGGGCCAGGAUCGAUGUCCCUCUGCAGAAGCGCCUGAUGGUGGUCCGAACCCUUCGUCCAACCCCCAACUUCAAACACUUAUUUACCCUCCUGUAUGCAAGAGGGUACACAGGCUAAUAAAUUAAAGUUAAAUUGGCACACAACCAGAAUGGAUGCCGUGGUGCGUGCGUGGAUUAUCGCCACGCCUCCAUCAUUCCUGUAAGAUUCAUUUGAGAUGUACACAUGUCGUUGUCGAUAUUUAUAUUUGCUUUACGGAGGCGUCGGAGUUUUCUUUCUUUAAGAGGGACUCCGCCUCCGCAAAAAGGCGUAAAGAGCCUGCAGGCGUACACCUUUCGACUCCUUGUGAGUGCCGCAUCAGAACACUUUGAAACAACUGAAAGGAAAGUUCAAGCCGAAGUGUACCGACUGUUGUGUUUUCACUCGGUUUUUACUCAGUUAAUUUAAUGCUCGUUUGUCGCUUCUCGCUGUUUGCCUCUGCAUUAUGUGUAUGUAAAAGAUAUAUUCAAUCGUGUAGAAGACGGUGUUCUGACUGCUGUUAGUGAGUGACAUUGGUCAUCUGUAUAAAUGACUUUGUUUGUUGGUGUCAAACCACUAUAGACUACUUCUCUCUCGACACUUAAUAAAGGAUGAAUUCACCUUCA